CAAACACAUUCCACACCGGUUCCAUUCUAUCAAACAGACCAGAAUUAUGGUGAAGAGAAAGAGAGACGAGGCGGCCAAGGACCGCCAGAGCUCUACACAGCCAGCCAAGGUUGUCAAGGCUACAGACAGUGAAAAGGCCCCUUCCACCUCAACGGCUGACGGUCCGUCAAUCACGCUGCAAAUUAUCACCGGUUCCUACGAAAAGGUUCUGCACGGCUUCACCGCUGCUGUUUCACCUACCUCUUUUGCAUCUAAGGAUACGGAUGAAGAUGGUGAUAAGUCCAAUCUUGUACAAUUUGUGGAUACUUUCCUGUUUGAGGCUCAUACAUCUGCCAUUCGCUGUCUCGCCUUGUCACCAUUGCCGAAGGCUGAUGCAACAGAAAACGCCCAAGUUAUCCUAGCCACUGGUGCUACGGAUGAGCGUGUUAAUCUAUACUCUCUGUCUGCUGCUCCUGUUGCAGUGAAUGACUUAUAUCCCACCGUACCGACUCUCGCGGGCAACAAAAUCCUUGAGAAUCCCAAGAACCGCGAGCUGGGCACACUGAUGCAUCACUCCGCUCCGAUUUCGGCUUUGGAAUUUCCAUCCCGAUCAAAGAUCCUUGUUGGUUCUGAGGAUAAUACAAUCUCCGUUACCAGAACUCGGGAUUUCUCCGUUGUAUCCACCAUCAAGGCCCCUCGUCCGAAAGUUCAGGGUAGGCCAAGCGGUGACACAGCACCCCCGGGAGGCACCCCGUCCGGUGUCAAUGAUAUCGCUGUCCAUCCUAGUAUGAAACUGAUGCUGAGUGUGGGCAAGGGAGAAAAGUGCAUGAGGCUCUGGAACCUUGUUACAGGGAAAAAGGCGGGCGUGUUGAACUUCAACCGAGAGAUUUUGCAAAGCGUCAAGGAGGGCAAAUGGAGCACUGGAGAAGGAAGGAAGAUAGUGUGGAACUCGAAGGGUGAUGAGUUUGCUGUAGCAUUCGAGUGGGGUGCAGUUGUCUUUGGCAUUGACUCCACUCCCAUUUGCAGGGUUUUCCCCAGCCCCCGGAGUAAGCUUCACCAGAUGAAGUACGUCAACCCAACGCCUUCUUCCGAUGACAGCGAUGAACUGCUUGCUGUCUCGACGGAAGAUGGUAGGGUCAUUUUCUACUCUACUAAGCAGGUUCAAGAGGCGACAGAGGAGGAUGAUUCGCCCAUCCCCUAUGCGGAAGCUGUUGCUCAGCUCGGCGGUAGAGCAGCAGGCUUCCCCGGAAGAGUGAAGGACUUCGAGGUCCUUGAUCUAAAUGGUCAACGAGUUGCUGGAAAGGAUAACCUUCUAGUAGUAACAGGAAAUAGUGAGGGCUUGGUCCGUGUUUGGCUGCUGCAAGGAGCCGAUCUGGUCAAGAAGGAUACAAAAGGUACCAAAAAGAAGUCCGCCGAGACGGAGAAGAAAGUCAUCCAGGUUGGUAAGUUCUUGAAUGCCUAUGGCACAGGCAACCGAAUCACCUGCCUCAAAGCAUUUGUGAUGCUGGCUCCUGAAGAUCCUUCGACGCUAGAGGAUUCGGAAGAGGACUAUGAUGAAGAAGUGAGCCAGGAUGAAUCCUCCAGCGAAGAGAGCGAUGAAGAAUAGGUUUACCGCCUAUUUGAUGAUUGUCUUACUGUAUAUACCCAACCCUUGUUGAUAG